GAAAAGUGCCGGAAGGAUCGGCAGCUUGCACGCGCAGAAGAGCGCAAAACCGUCGACGAGAAGCUCCAAAAAAAGCUCGAUCUCGUGUUCGCGGACCUGCGCAAAGAAAUAGAAGAACACGCAGCCAUGUUGCGGCAAAACCUGCAGGACGAAAAAAACGCGUAUGACGCAGAAAAGAGGGAGCGACAGGCGCUUCGUGACGAGGAGGUCGCGAAAGAUUGCGAAAAGAAUGAUGCGACCGUGGCCUCGUGGAAAGCGCUUGUGAGCCAGAAACGCGAGGAAAAGGAUAAGGACAUGAUCGAAGGAACCCGGGCAAUGGAAGCGGACCGGAACCAAAAUGAGCAGCUUAAACUCUCAGUGGCCGAGCUGCAAGACCAGUACAGGAGAAGGUCCGAGGAAAAUGACGCGCGCAUCAAGGAAAUGGACGCGGAGCUCGCGAAUUACGACAGGGAGGAGCAGAAACACGCGGACGCGUUUGCGCGCGAGCUUGCAAACGCACGCGCCGCCAGUGAAAGACGACUACGCGAAGCAGCUCAGAAGAAAGAGGCUGUUAUGAAGACGAACAGAGACGUAGACAAAUGCCUGAAAACUUUGGUGGAACGGGACCAAAGAGUACGACAGCAGAAGCAAGAUCUGGCGAGGGACACAGAAAGGCAUCAGCGCGACCUCGACAAAGUAUGUGAGGACAUAUCUCGCGAAAAACUCGACACGGAGCAGCUUCGGGAUUCCACUAGCCGUCUCCGAAAGGAGAAGAGUGAAGUGGAUAAGUCGUAGCGAUACUACAAAAGGGCGAGAGUUCGACGUACAUCAACUUUCUCGCAACAAUGCGCCCGCGAAUCCGCCCUGUCGCUUUUUUCUAUUUCGUGAGUAUGAUUCUGUCGCGAAUAACUUUAUAGACAUACUCAGGUACUGCGGUAAAAAGAACAGUUUUUACCACGACACAAGCGAAAUAGCUGCACUUCGCUCUAGAAGGGUGGGCAAGAAUAUCAAAAAGCGCCGUGCAGCGCCAUAGGGUUGCCGUUUUCCCAGGUUGCUUUCAGCUACUUUUCGAUUCAUGAAGACUCCACCAGCAGUACAUGUGAGUCGUCGCCCGCGAGACAAGUGGCUGCUGUGCUUGAAUUCAUUUGUUUGUUGAGAUGAAUAAUUUUUGGGAAGUCUUUCUCUGCAUGCACUUAGAGGAAGUAGACCGUCUUCUCAGCUUGGCAGCGUUUCACUUUUCUUCAGCGAGUACAUAUUUUAGCUAUGACAGAUCAGGGAAAAUUGCAGUGUAAGAUUUGGAUGCACAUUCAGCACCACGAUGUAUCGGCUUAGACUCCAGCACAGCACGCUCGAUCAUACAUCCGGAAAGCUAUGUUGUUUGUGGAACAUGUACAAUUCGGUCGUCGACAAUGAAUUUGGGCUUUGGAAGAAUGAAAAGCACUUGGAUAGUAAUUUUCAGAAACUCGAAAUGCAUUACAUGCCCAAUGGCAAUGGGCGUAUUCUCGCAGUAGGACAAAAAUAUCAUGUUUCUCGCUCUCCCAAAGAGCUUGCACGCGCGCGAC